UUUUCUUUAGGAAAAAUGUUAAAGAAUUGUUUUUUACCUAUACAAUAUAACAAUUUAACUAGCAAAACUUGUGGCGAAAUUAUUUGUCAAAGUGAAACUGUCUUCAGCAUAGUGUGUAAAUUUUGUGACUUAAGAAUUUUCGAAUAUGAAGAAUUUCUACAACAUUUUCGCAAUAACCACUGGACAGAGCAGUUAAAUGUAAAGAAUGAUGGAGACAAUGAAGAAUGUAAUGAAAAAUCUUUAGAUCCGAACGAAAUAGAAAAUGAAAAACUCGUAAAGAGAGAUGUAUUUUUGGAAACGAAAAUUUUAUAUGAUGUAGAAGAAACUGAAGAGGAUUUGGAGACAAAUGAUGACGAUGAAUGGCAGCCGGAAAUGGAAGAGGAACAAAAUGAGGAUUCUAAUGAUAUGACGGAAACAAAGGCAAUAUUAAAAAAGCCUGUGAAGGACAACAAAAAAAGAGAACGUCCCUUUAAAUGUGAGAUGUGUACGCGAACAUUUAGCAACAAGUCCAACUAUGAAGCACAUAAACUUAAGCAUAAAACUGUACAAUACAAUUGCGAGAAAUGCAGUAAAACUUUUGUAACAGAACAUGAACUUGGUCUUCAUCAACGUUCUCAUAAUGGUUACAGUUGUUCAAUUUGUAAUAUGUCUUUUAUGAAAUACGAAUCAUUGCGUACACACAAAGAGUCUCAUAUAGAAACCAAAAAUUUCAUGUGCACUUAUAAAGAUUGCAAUAAAGCGUUUGCCACCAAACGUCGUCUAGGCUCCCACAUGCGCUUACACAUACGAGAACCUACACUGGUGUGUGAAUUGUGUGGCGGACGUUAUCGCUCGACAAAAGAACUAAACGAUCAUAUACGCAGACAUACGGGUGAAAAGCCAUUUGCUUGCAAUUUAUGUGAUCGACGUUUCACAUCGAAAUCUUUAUUGGGCGAACAUAUGGCGUGUCAUGAAACGGAACGUAAACAUGUAUGUGAAGUAUGUGGUAAGGGCUUUAAUCGUCCCAAGGCAUUAUACCAUCAUAAACAUUUACAUUUGGAAGUAAAAAAAUUUGUGUGUAAAAUAUGUGGUGCUGCAUAUGCUCAGUGUGCAGGAUUAUCAGCUCAUAUGCGUAAACAUAAGGAAAAGGCAAAUAUGUCAACAGAUUUCCCUAGAAAUGAUGAUAUUAUUUUCUAGUAUAUAAAGUAUACUAAACUAAAAUAUUUAUUAAUCCAUAUAAACGGAAUUUUUAAACAAAAACUGUACUUCUUAAAA